GGCAGGCGACUGUCACUACGUCCGGGGUCGCUACUCCCGCAGCGGACUGUGCGAGGAAGCGCGCUCCGAAAACUUCUAGACCGCAGGAGGCGGCGUCCCCACCAGUCCCCUCCUCUAGGCGCUCCAGGAAAAGGAACUUGAUCUACUGGCCGGCUCGAUCUGUUCCCUGAACGUGAGAGCAGAUAGUGCCACCGGCCCCGGAGUGGGGAACCGCGAGGGGGAGCCGCGAGCCAGGCUGCAGGUGGAGGGCACCGGGCAGAGGCCAGGGACCCCGAUGCCGGCGGCCAACAUGAUGGAGAACCUGCAGCUGCCCGCCCUGCAGGUGCCCGAGACGCAGGGCGCGACCGAGGGCAGCGCGGUGUGGUCCAGCUCGUCCACCCCUACGCUUCGCCGCCGGCGCUUUAAAAUGCGCCGGAUGAAGAACGUGCAAGAGCAGAGCCUGGAGGCCGGAUUGGUAGUCCCGGACCUACCCAGCGUUCUGGCCCCAGGCAAGGAGUUCCUGCAGCUGCCGUCCAUUGAGAUUACGCCCUCCAGCGACGAGGAUACCCCGUGGUCCAACUGCUCCACACCCAGCGCGUCCCCGCGCCGAAAGCGCUUCCUGCUCCGCAAGUGGCUGAGGGUGAGGGAGCGGAAGGAGUGCAGUGAGAGCAGCAGCCAGCAGAGCAGCCAGCAGAGCAGCCAACAGAGCAGCCACGAUGAUGAUUCCAGCCGGUUCCUGAGUCCUCGAGUGCGCCAAGAAAGCACUGCCAGUAACUCCAACCGCAGCACACCGGCCUGCUCACCCAUCCUACGGAAGCGGUCCCGCUCGCCAACACCACAGAACCAGGACGGAGACAACAUGGUGGAGAAGGGCUCAGACCACUCCUCGGACAAGUCCCCAUCCACCCCCGAGCAGGGUGUGCAACGCAGUUGCUCCUCACAAUCUGGUCGGAGUGGUGGUAAAAAUUCCAAGUCUCACAAGCGCCUCUCAAAAAAAAGCCAGAGUUGGUACAAUGUGCUAAGCCCGACUUACAAGCAGAGAAAUGAAGACUUCAGAAAGCUCUUUAAGCAACUUCCAGACACGGAGCGCCUCAUUGUUGAUUACUCAUGUGCACUCCAAAGAGACAUUCUUCUUCAGGGCCGACUCUACCUCUCAGAAAACUGGAUCUGCUUCUACAGUAACAUCUUUCGAUGGGAAACUCUGCUGACAGUCCGUUUGAAAGACAUCUGCUCUAUGACUAAAGAGAAAACAGCUCGCCUCAUUCCCAACGCCAUACAAGUCUGUACUGAUUCAGAAAAGCACUUUUUUACUUCAUUCGGGGCCCGGGAUAGGACAUACAUGAUGAUGUUCCGACUCUGGCAGAAUGCUCUCCUUGAAAAGCCCCUAUGCCCCAAGGAGCUCUGGCACUUUGUCCACCAGUGCUAUGGGAACGAGCUGGGUCUAACCAGUGACGAUGAGGACUACGUGCCUCCAGAUGAUGACUUUAACACCAUGGGGUACUGUGAAGAGAUCCCUGUAGAAGAGAAUGAAGUGAAUGACAGCUCAUCCAAAAGUAGCAUAGAGACCAAGCCUGAUGCCAGUCCCCAACUGCCCAAGAAGUCCAUCACCAACAGCACACUGACCUCUACGGGAAGCAGUGAAGCACCGGUCUCGUUUGAUGGCUUGCCGCUGGAGGAAGAGGUGAUGGAGGGCGAUGGGUCCCUGGAGAAGGAGCUUGCCAUCGACAGCAUCAUAGGCGAGAAGAUUGAGAUCAUUGCGCCGGUGACCUCCCCUUCGCUGGACUUCAAUGACAAUGAGGAUAUCCCCACCGAGCUCAGCGACUCUUCAGAUACCCACGAUGAAGGAGAGGUCCAGGCCUUCUAUGAGGACCUGAGUGGAAGACAGUAUGUGAACGAGGUCUUCAACUUCAGCGUGGACAAACUCUAUGACCUGCUGUUCACCAACUCACCCUUCCUCCGGGACUUCAUGGAGCAGCGGCGCUUCUCUGAUAUCAUCUUCCACCCAUGGAAAAAGGAGGAGAAUGGAAACCAGAGCCGUGUGAUCCUCUACACCAUCACCCUUACCAACCCCCUGGCUCCCAAAACCGCCACUGUCAGGGAGACACAGACCAUGUACAAAGCGAGUCAGGAGAGUGAAUGCUACGUGAUAGAUGCUGAAGUCCUUACCCACGAUGUGCCAUACCACGAUUACUUCUACACCAUCAAUCGCUACACGCUCACCCGCGUGGCCCGGAACAAGAGUCGACUCAGGGUCUCCACAGAGCUCCGCUAUCGAAAACAGCCCUGGGGGUUUGUAAAAACUUUCAUUGAGAAGAACUUCUGGAGUGGACUGGAGGACUACUUCCGCCAUUUAGAGUCCGAGCUAACCAAAACAGAGAGUACCUACCUGGCUGAGAUGCACAGACAGUCACCCAAGGAGAAGGCCAAUAAGUCUUCAGCAGUUCGGAGGAGGAAGCGCCCCCAUGCCCACCUGCGGGUACCUCACCUGGAAGAGGUGAUGAGCCCUGUCACCACACCCACUGAUGAAGAUGUGGGCCACAGGAUCAAGCACGUGGCGGGUUCCACGCAGACACGGCAUAUCCCCGAGGAUACUCCCAACGGUUUUCACCUACAGAGUGUGUCCAAGCUGCUGCUUAUUAUCAGCUGUGUGAUCUGUUUCAGUCUGGUGCUGCUGGUCAUCCUUAACAUGAUGCUCUUUUACAAACUGUGGAUGCUGGAAUACACCACACAGACCCUGACUGCCUGGCAGGGUCUUAGGCUCCAGGAAAGGUUACCCCAGUCUCAGACAGAAUGGGCCCAGCUAUUAGAAUCCCAACAAAAGUACCAUGACACUGAGCUCCAGAAGUGGAGGGAGAUCAUCAAAUCCUCAGUGAUGCUCCUUGACCAGAUGAAGGACUCACUCAUCAACCUUCAGAAUGGCAUCAGGUCCCGAGACUACACGACUGACAGCGACGAGAAGAGGAACCGCUAUCAUUGACAAGGCAGGACCAGGGGUGGCUGCCAGAGGCCUGUGCAAUACAUGUACAUAGACCCUAUAAAUAUAUAUAAAUAUAUACAUACAGAAUAUAAAUAUAUAUUAUAUACAGAUUUUAAAAAAGAGAUAAUGCCUAUGUACCAGGGAGAAGGAGCGGGAACUCCCGCCCCCUGUGCCGGCCAGAGCAGCAUUUCCCCUCCACUGUGGAGGGACUGAGGAGGGCAGGGACCACCUCUCAGCACCGACCUCCCCUGAUCCUCCUCUUCCCACCUUCUGUUCCUCAUCCCUUCCCUUGCUGGCCAUUCUUGGCCCUUAGAAGGGAAAUGUGGCUAAGCCAAAGUUAAUGCCCGUGAAGACCCUUGGGUCUUAAAAGACGCUCAAGAAGGCAUUGCUUAAGGUGCUUCAUUCCCUAACCCUCUUUUGAUUUGUCUCUAGAAUAAAAGAGAACCUGUUCUUCCCCCCACCCAGCGCUUCCCCAGGCCUUCUCUUGGGAACAGGAAGAAUGGAGAGAGCAGGAGCCCCAUUCAGUGUCCCCCAGGAGACUGUUGGUUAGGACCACACUGAAAGCCAGGUGGCGAGGACUGUGACAGAGGCUGCAUCUGUGAGCCAGGGCUGUGGGGCUGUAGGCUCCUGAGCUCUGGCAUCUGAAGGGAAUUCUCCUCAGCCACCCCCACACCUUCUGACCUGAGUAGGUUGUGGACCCCCCACAAGGGCUGGGAAUCUCUAACUCUCCUACUUCCUUUCUCUCUGGUCUUCUCCCAGGCUGGAUCUGGGGGAAGUGUCACUUUUUAGUGCCUAAAGUCCUAUUGUUUCUCUGUGCCCUAAGAGCACAUUGUUCCUUAGCCAGGGUGGAGCCUUUUUGACCUUGUUAAAAAAAAAAAAAAGAAACAAAACCCCCAAAACCUCUUUUAGUGGUUAUAAACCAGUCAGGUCUGUGGCUCUAACUCUUCCCUUUGAGCUGUGAGUUUGAUGUCCAGGGUAAGUCAGGGUAUCCUAGUCCCUCCAGGCUUUGGGAGACAGAAUGAUCUAGAAAUGUGGAUUGCAGGGCUUGCCCAGAAUCCUGUAUGAGUAGUGUGCACAGUAGCCAAGCCUCUCAGAGUGCUAACAGCACCGUUAACUUUUGGUAAAGAACCAGUGUUAGCAAUAGAGGCAGUUGUAUGCCACUGUGUGGGAAAUGUAUGAGCCACCAGAGGGAGGAUUUGGCACAGAUGCGUAUAUUUGGUCAGGGAGAAGUCAAGUGAAACCUGGCCCCCACUGAGGCCACCUCAUUUCUAUGUUUCUCAGGUUUGGGAGUGGUGGUUCUGACGUGUGUGUGUGUGUGUGUGUGUGUGUGUGUGUGUGUGUGUGUGUGUGUGUGUGUGUAUCUCUCUCUAGUCUCUGGCCUCAGUAAGGUAUAAAGUCACCAAGAAAUAAAAGGAAGAUGCUACGUUAGGAACUUGAACUAGCCAGGGCCUUCUUAAUGGUAGCCCAUCAGGACUCAGGCUUUUAUAUACUCUCAAGGGACCCUUCUGGGCAGAUUCGUCAUUCUCCCUUACAGUAUUUCCUCCUCUUCCAUCCGAUGACUCAAGGAAUCCUGCCAGCCCCAGGCAGAGCCCAUGGAGAUCCAUAGUGGUAAAGAGUUGCUGCUGGAGCAAAGGCUUCUCUAAGCUGGACUUUUCUUCUCCUGGGCUUCUCAAGUUGAGAGGCAGAAGGAACCCCAGGCUCCCCAGAGUAUCCCUACAAAGAGAGCAAGAUGGUGCUGGUUAUCUACGCCAAAGAGAAGGUUACUUUCCCCUCUUAGCAUUGUCCAGGCAUUCCAGUUGGGCCGUGAAAGGAAGGCAUUGAUGUUGCAGUGUCCUGGAGAAGCAGGUCCUGGUGUUUCUUGAAGGGCAGAAUCAGGAAAUAGCAUAUAUCCUUGGAUCAUCCUCUGACGAAGGGAGAAGAAGGCUCAGUGCUUAGCUACCAUUAUUAUUAGCACUUUUCUGGAAUAACAGGGGUGAGGAAAUGGAUUCAUUGUUCCUCUACAGUGGUCAAGGCCGGAAGACCAGUUGGUUUUUCAGGGUUUUGAGGAAUUUUCAAGACCCGAGACAAAGAAGGGCAAACAGUACCAUUUGAAAUGCUUUUCAGUUUCCCCUUGGAAUAGCCAGAAUCCAAAAGUAUUCCCAGAAACUCUGAAAGCAAAGUUGGAAAUUCUCAAAUUUAUUGCAUAUGUAGUUAUUUACUUCAGUUGAACUGUUAAAGUAGCAGUGGAUCUUUUUGGAUGAUUUCAAAGGUAUUCACUGGGGGUGAGUAAAGUAACAGAAAUAGCCCCGACCACAGAGAGCUGCUUUUCUUUGGCCUGCAGUAUCAUUCAGGGGAGGAGAACACCUCAUUUGUCAGAGAGAGCGAGCCUCCUGCUUUCCAAUGGACCAGAUAGUAUAUAUACAUGAAGAACAGCAUCCAGGAACCAUGGCUUUCCUCUGAGUUGCUUUUGUCUUAACAUUAGCUUGGGCUUUUAAACCGGGAAGGAACCAACAACUUACAAAAUCCCCUCCCCACCCUUAGUCAUUGCAAGAGAAAGAAACUCACCCUUGCAGCCAAAACAAUUGCCCUGAACAAGUAGCAACCAUCUGCAGCAGGCCAUGCUUUGUGUGACUUCUUCCAGCUGGCAGGUUUCAUCUAUUUAUUUAUUGUAGAUAUAUAUUGAUCUUUCUUUAAGGAUUUGGUUAUCAAAACAGUCAAGUGCUUUUACUGAAGUUAGAGUGGAGAGAUCUGCGUUUGAUUCCUGACUGUGCUGUUGAAAAGUUGUGUGGCCUUGGUUAAGUCCCCAUCACUGAACUUCAGGAUCCAUUUGUAACAGGAGAGGGUCAGUAAGUGACCUCUAAUGUGGGUUCUAGGUUUGGCCUUGACUCAGAGAUUAGGCAAGAGGCUAGGGAGAUGCCGAGUUUCCAGUUUUGGAAGAUGCCCUGCCAGGGACAUGUUCUUGGCUAGGAGGUCUAGGGCACCCCAGCGGCAGGGACAGCCUUGCUCAGCAUUAACCCAGGAGACCGGUCCUUCCUCCUUUGGUCUAGUUUUAGUGUACUUUACACUUAGAGGAUAACGACAAGAAGAGUAGCAUUUUGGACUGAGGCCAUCUUCCACCUCCAGGCACUGUGAAUCCUUUGUACUGUCCAUACUCCUUCCUCACUGGUGGAGGACACAAUGGGAAAAAGCCAUUCCCAGUUCUAGAACUUCUGUUUUGCUCAGCCAAAACCCUGUCGUGGUUUGGAUAAAUUGGGAAACUUCUGCUAAAAUCCUUGGCUUGCCUUAGGACAUUGGCAUCAAGGAGUGGGGAGCACCAGGGAACCUCAAGAGGAAUUUGCCACGAACGGAUUCUCUACUUGCCCAUAGCCUCUCCUAUGCUGGGACUGGACCACUAUUACAGACAGCGUCUGUAAGAUGAGGUGUUGGGGAAAGGACUGGCUAGGGGAAGACUCUUUCUGGACUGUUUGCUCCCAGAAGGGUCCUUUCUGUGCCAUACCAUCCCGCUUCCCUGGCUCUGCAGGGCAGCCGAAGCCAGCCCCGCUCACCAGGGCGUAGGAGAAAUAGCACUCUUCAAUCUUCCCCCGGGUGGCAGGGCUAUGGUGGCCCUUCCUACACACCUGGACUCUGCCUGCCCUCUCCAGGACUCUCUCCCUUCCCCCAGCCCCAUCCCUGUUCCUAAGCCAUGGGGCAAUCAUUCCCAUUUUCCCUUUGCCAUUCUCAGCCCUUGGCUCUCCACUCCCACCUGCCCCAGCAGACUGGCCCCACUCCCUUCCAUCUCCAAGUCUUCUUCCAGAAGAUGCAUUUGGGUCUCAGAGGAGUGGGUUUUGGAAGGCCAUCUUUCAACAUCCCUGCGUUCCUGGUAUGAAGCAGGGCUUUGCACUUGGUGUAGAGAGCUCCCUCUCCCACCUCUCUGCCCAGCCUCGUUACCUCACUCCUGCUCCAGCCAUUGUGAUGGGCUCAGCCAGCUCCCUGUUCUGAUGUGCCACACCACAGCUCAGGGGUCUUAUGACUUGGAGGUCCUCAGCAGGCCUGGGAGCCCGGAUUGGAGCCUUGGCUGCUGGCGAGAAGCACUUAGCUGCCAAGAUUUGCCGAUGCCAGACGAUCUCCCCAGCAUGUGAAUGCUUAACGGACAUUGUCAUCUCUGCCCUUUGGUCCUCCUUGCUUCUCUCUCAGUACAAUAAGACACCUCAGAAGCAAAAUGGAAACGGCGGCCCUCGCUCCAGGCAGGACCUCAGGCUGUCUGGGGAGUUGGCCCUGGGCUUCUGUGUUGUGUGCAGAGACUGCACAGUAAAACAGUCACUUUUGCCAACAAGAAUGUGUGGCACCCCACAUCUCCUUCCCUUGCACUGUAGGGCCAGACCACUCUCUGCAUGGACCGGACCAUCUUCCCAAACCCAUGGUGCUUUUUUCCCCCCUCACUCAACCUAGACUCUGAGGUGGGGAGGGAUGGAUCAGAGGCCAUAGUGGCCCAUGGAUAACCCUGACACGGGGAGGAAAAGGGUGAGGCAGAGGGAGCAGCACCCAACACCUGCACUGGGCCACAAGUGGGAGAGAGCACAGGUUGGUUGCAGUUGAGUUGUCUGGCCGACUGUAUUCGGAUCUAUAACUGUACUUUGCCUGGCGCUGUGCGCAAGGUCUGAAAAAUACUGCUAGUACCUAGAGACAUACACGGCUACCCAGCCGAAUCUUAAUGUAAAGUAGCUAGAGCCAUGGAAGCCCAGUAUGAAUUAAAGGAAAAAAGUAUUGAAUUACAAAUAAGAAAUGGUGUGCGUGUUUAUUGCUUGGCCCAUCGGCAGUCCCUCACCCCCAUGUGUCCGAUGCCCCUAGAUAUGCUCACAGCAAGUCACGAAGGCAUGUGUGUACAGGCAUGUUGCCCACAUAACACACCUCCAUCUCGGGGAGGGAAGCAGCCUGAUUAAAUGGAAGGGCUAGGGUUUUGAUUUUUUAUUUACUUCGUGUUUGUUACUUCUUAUUUUUGACAAGUUCAUACAGGCUUAUAAAAUGCAUUGUGAUUUUUAUCUGACUCCAUUGCCCUCGUUACCCCUCCUAUCUAUGCUUGUUCUCCCUCCUGCCUUCGUGCCUUUGUAACUCACUGGGUCCAAUAGGUUGAUGUAUAAGCAUGGGUGGGGGGCUGCUUACUGAAGCCUGAGCAACUUACCAGUAGCUACACCACUGAAGAAAACUCUCUCUCCCCAAUAGAUCCUCAGGGAGGGGUUGGGCCUCAUGAGCUUCUACCCCAUCCAGGAUGGAAUAAAAGGCCCUAUCUUGCUCAGGUUUUAAGCAGAUACUAUGUAAUCAUGAUCAGUGGGCAAACAGUACUCAUUUCUAUCCUGGAUCCUAUAAUCUUUCUACCCCUUCUUCAGUGUGUCAAGAGCCUUGGAGGAGGAGAGCUUUAACUGUCAUUCCUGAGUACACUAAUGUGUCACUAUUAAGCAGUGGUGUGGCCGUGGGUUCCAUCUGUCAUUUCAAUCCUCAGUGUUUAGGAAUAAUGUCUUUUAUAAAGACACACAUGUAUCUAUCUCUUAGUAUGGUAGCUAGAACUGUAUUACAAUAAUUUUAACCUUCAUAUAUUUUUCAAAGAUUUAUUUUUUAAAUUAUGUGUGUACGUUCAUGUCUGUGUGUGCUUGUGAGUAUAGUAUAGGUGCCUUCAGAGGACAAGACAGGAUAUCAGAUCCCCUGGAGCUGGAGUUACAGGUGAUUGUGAGCCAUCUGACAUGGGUACUGGAAACUAAACUGAGAUCCUCCCGAAGAGCCACAAGCACCAUGGACCACUAAGCCAUCUCUCCAAACCCCUUUUCAGUCAGCAUUGUUGUAAGAGUUGUGGUGAAGCUGGGUGUGGCGUCACACAUCUUUAAUCUCAGCACUUGAGAGGCAGGCAGAUCUCUGAAUUUGAGGCUAGCCUGGUGUACAGUGCAAGUUCCAGGACAACCAGGGUUACACAGAGAACCCUUUGCCUCAAGGUCUCCCUCAAACAAAAUAAAACAAAAUCCCACAACCCAUUGUGGUGGACUGAAUCCUCAGUUUCUUGUUAUGCUUUUCCCUUUAGGGGAUCUUGGCCCUUUUAGGAAGCUAGAUACCGGAAGACAGAGUCGCCUUUAUGCUCCCUAAAUGCGAAGCCACCUGACCGUCCCUACAUUAGAUCUCCCUCCCGGUUAGCCUCUUCACACUUGGUUAGGAAGUGUGUGAUGCUAGACACGAGUGCACGUUUCUCCUGUGUUCUCUUGUGUUUGCGUGGAAGAUAGAGAGGAACGGAAGGCCAGAUGCCAUUCGUAGCAUGCAGUCUCUAGACUUCAAAGUAGUUUUCACUCUCUAGGGUAAGUCUCCUCGGUUCAGGAAGUGGGGCGGAUUGCAUGCUAGGUGGGAGGCAGAGCAGGCAGCAGCCGCAUAUUGUAAGCAGAGCACACCCAGAGUGUGUGGUCUUCAGAGACACUUUAUUGACAUGAACAGAGACUUUACUAGAAUCAUGGGCCUAUGCACAAGUGUGUGCACAUAUGUGCACAUGUACACACACACACACACACACACACACACACACACUUACAGACCUAAGAUCCUGGGGUCUGUUGAGAGCCUAACCUAGUAUUUGACAGAGUGUGUUAAUGUGAGUAGAUGAUCAGAUUGAUGAAGCACACCAAGGUCCUGUUUAGACACAUUUGCAGUGACUGCCUGAAUUCACAGAACUAAGGCUUUUUCGUUCAUAAAGCACAAGCGAGAGGAAGGGGUGCGUGCGUGCGUGCAUGCAUGCGUGUGUGUGUGUGUGUGUGUGUGUGUGUGUGUGUGUACCACACUUUGUUUUCCUGUCAAACCUGGAAAAGACUGAUGAUACACUUGAGAUAUUUCUAGCCUCUGUCCUGUCUCUUCCUUCAACAAUGUCAUCACAACUGUUUCCCUGUGGUUUGUGCCCAGUAGAUCCACAGAUUCUGAGAAAGGCAGCCAUCACUGUGCAGUUCAUAGUUUAUGUUUUGACAUGUAGUGGUAGUAUGAUGUGGAGAGGGUGGGCUACUGUUUCUUUCCUGUUCUUUUGUUUUGUUUGUGUGUGUGUGUUUUCCUUUUUUUUUUUUUUUUUUUUUUUGAGACAGGGUCUCAUAUAGCCCAAGUUAGCCUUUCACCUGAUAUGUAGCUGAAACUGGCCUUGCGUUUCUGAUCCUCCUGCUUCUAAGAGUGCACCACUGGACCUGGUGUGUGUGUGUGUGUGUGUGUGUGUGUGUGUGUGUGUGUGUGUGUGUGUGUGUGUGUGUGUGUGUCUUCAUGUUUACAAAUGUUUGCAUAUGGCCCGUAACUUGUGUGCAUGCACAUGUGGAGGCCAGAAGUCAACCUUGGGUAUCAUUCCUUGGGCACUGUCCACCUUGUUGGGUUUUUGUUUUGUUUUGUUUUUUUGAGACAGGAUUUCUCACUCACCUGAAGCUCACCAAGUAAGCUAAGCCAGGUUACUUGGUGAGGCCCAAAGACUUUUCUGUUUCUUCCUCCCCGGCACAGGGAGUACCAGAGUGUGCCUUAAUGCCUGGCUGUUUACGUGGGUUCUAGAGGUUGCACCUGGGUGCUCACGUUUGUGUGGUGAGCACAUUGCCUAGUGAGCUGUCUCCUCAGCCUUGCCUCUUUCCUUAACCCCACUGCUGUCUGUCCUGGCACAAUCAUGCUCUGAAAACUUCCUCUUCUACUAAUAAUUCUAGUUUGAUGUCUAGAGCGAUCCCAGAAACUCCAAAGAAAUCUGCAGUGUACAGUUAUGCGAGGGUGGAGAAACCAAAGAAUAAUGCUGCCAAACGGACUGAGAGUGAAGCCUAAGACAGGAGCAAGCACUGGGUAUUUCCACUCGGGGACUGGGGUUUGAUUCGAGACCUAGCUGACAGUGAAAGUCACAGGGCAAGAUUCUUUCUGGACCAACUGAGUUGAAUAGCCAAGUUCACAGAUGUUAAGCAGCAAGAAAGGGAAAAUCAGACCCAACCUUGUAUGACCUUCAGUAAAUGAUUGAGGAUCAGCCACGGGAAAUACCGAGCACCAAGACAAACAUUGGGAUUCCUAAGUGAUUAUAGCCCUUGAGAACUCUUCUAAGCCCUUUGGUAAGCAACAGUGCACCAGAAAACACUCCAGCACUGCACCCAUCUAGUCUGGGAUUCUAAGUCGAAACGUAAGAAGAAAUGGAGGUGGUGAUGAGUUUAAGUAGGAUGGUGAGUACCACGCCUUGUAGGUUAUAGCCACAAUCUUCCAUAAGGAAGCUCAAUUGUGAUUCUGGAUAAACCACCAUGUACAAACAAACCAGACAAAAAUAGAAUGGGAUGGACUCCCAAGGCAUGUGUCUAGCGUUCACCAGGAAGGCAAGGGUAAAGAAGCUGAGCAGUGGGAAGCAUAGAGGACAGUGGAGAGAAGAAAGGGCUGGAAAGGAGGGAGAAGACGAGAGGAGGGCGAAGGAAGAAGCAACGAUGGUGUCAUUGGGUGGGGAAGUGAAGUGAGACGCAAGAGGCAAGACUAGGACCCAAGCUCUCUGAGUACAACAGGCUGAUGAUUUAGUAAACCUACUUGAUGUCAAGAGGACCUCAGGUUCUUCAUGGUAGCAUUGAGCAUCAACAGUGUUCAUAUCGCUGGAGUAGUUGUGGAGGAGAGAGAAAAAAACCAGCCAAAUGCUUUUCAAGCCCUAUCAGCGGAAGGAAGGUACCAAGGAUGAGAAGAAUUGCGAUUUUAGAAAAUGAAAGAGAAACUGUCAUGUAAGGGACACAUGACUGAUGUCAUUCAGCUUCAUUAUGAAUCCUGAUGUCUAGGUUGGAAUUCUGUUUAGGAAGAAAGGGAUAAAGAGGAAAGGCAGUCACACAUACCACCUCAUCACAAGUUAGAUGCAUGGUUGAGCAGACAAUGGAAUGGAAGAAGUGGCUUGCUACCACCACAAGGUCUGGACUAACUAGCCCAUGGCUAGGUAAAUGCUGCAUUAAUUCAAGUCUAUUUCCCUAUGUAAAGUGUAAAAUAAAGUUCUCUUGUCUCUGUUAUUUGAGAAGCAUAGGGUGGAAAAUUAACUGGUGAGAAGAAGGGUCUUGAAUUUAUUGCAAAUGUUUUCUACAACAAAAUUAGAUGCUUUUCAUAUAUGUUGAGGGUCUUGUUUCAAGUAUGCCCCAGUGAUUGAAGGGGUGAAAAAGCGAGUCAUACAAACCCCCGUGGGAGUGGAGAAUGGUCUUUCCUACAGAUCUCCCCAGAUCUGAGGGACGUUUCUCUUAUUGAAUCCCACUUCCAUCUUUUUAUAUCCCAUAAGGCCUCCUGCCCUCGCUUAUCUGUAGGGGCUAAAGAAUAUUGCACUUAGAACAGUCAUUACAAUGAAUUAAUGAGAGAUUGAGUAAGAUCUUCUGAGGGGGAGGGGCAGUACACAAACACCAAGUUCCAAACAUUACAGAUUUACAGGCGAGGUAUUUAAAAGCUACACACCCAUCUUUUUCACCUUGUUCAUCAUCCAUUGCAGAUUAAAACAUUUUUGUUUGUACAGAUAUCACCUUCGGGUGCUAUGUCUUCUGGAGCAUGCUUCAGAUUCAUAAAUCUUUGUGUGAAAUUCUGCAGGUCUAUCUCAGGCCCUCUGGAUUUUCUUGCCUGUUUUCCAGUUCCCUGAAUUUAUCAUCGUUAGCUUCUGCUGGGCAAGUGGCAUGACUAUAGCCAAGUUGAAUGUCAAAGUCUUCAAAAAUAUCUUUCACUUCAGGGAAUGUGAGGUUGGUAGCAUUGAAAUCUCAUGCCUAGUCCACCUUAAUCCCCUAGAUGUCCCAUUCAUCCCAUGUGAGUCUCGGCUGCCUCCUGUAAAAUGAGGAAUAAUACUGAUCCACAGACACUGAGAAAAGAACAACUGAGCAAUUUCAGUCUAGAAAGGACACACAUCCAUGUUUUCAAUAUCAGGACUAUGUUGUAUCACUUUCAAGACCCAAUGAAAUUGCCUUGGAUCCUUCCUUGGCUCUUGGAAGUCCUGGGUUUGCUGCAAACCUUUGGGAUUAUGGAGAUCUAGCCCUGAAACACUAAGCUCCAGAGCAUAUUCCAGGCCAAAUGGAAGAUGUUCCUGGAUACCCUGGAGGAGCAUUUCUGCUUUCUGGUGCUGAGAAGCAGGGCAUGGGCUUAGGAAAGGAAAAACUGACUUCAGUGAAUCUAAGUGCAUGGCAUGCUUUGACUUUAGCCCAAACUAACCAGUGCUUCCUUGGGGUUUACAUCCAUUGUUUUUGUAGCAGUAGAGAACGACUCAAUUGCAGACAGGGAAGAGGGGCACACAACUCUCCAGUACUUAUGUAAAGUCAUUUGGACCAUAAGGGACAACUUUAGUUAAGUUAGGAUCUACUUGCUUGAAAGCAAGGACAAAGUGAGGUGUAGUCCAAGUAGAGGUGUUGGCUCUUCAGUUCAGGUGAGAUGUUCCAAUAGAGUUCAGAAGUCAGGCAAAAUCUCACAGUUGGGUGGGUGGUUGAUGAAUAGAAAUAUGGAUGCAUUGGGACUUCUGGGGCACCUUGCUGAUGCUGCUGACAUCACUGAACUGGGAAUAUCCAAGUCCCUCAGUGCUCAGAUCACCUACCAGCAACAGAAGAACUCGCUGAGAAAGAAAGUCCAGCCCAGCCCUCCCUGAAUACAUUUGGACCAAAGAGGGAAUGGAAGAAUUAUUAUGCCUUUGUUAUCAUGAGCAAGGGGAUUGGGUUGUCCAACAUUCAGGCCAAAGUAAAUUCAGCUUUUGAAGGGUUUGACAUAAUGUGACUUGAUCAUUAACUUAAAGUACCCAGGGGGCAGGACUGCUAUGCAGAGUAGAAAAGACCAAAUUGAAUGUCACUUCAGUUGUAGAUGCCAAAUGACAUUUGUAUGGCAUGCCAUGCACACCCACCUUACCCUUCCUAAACCCUGUACAUCACCUCAAGUCACACCACAUUACUCCUCCACAGGCACCACAGAGUUCUCCUUGUUCUCUGAAGGGAUAGCAAGGUAGUCAGACCUGCAGAGGGCGUGGGAGGGAAAGAGAGGCAGCGCUUUAGUAGUCAUUGGUGAACGGGUAGGAAAUGGGAAGGUAUGUGACCCAGGGACAAGGCUGUGUAUGGAAGAGUUCUGUGUUUCCUUAUGGGUAGGCCUUCCCGAGACAAAUCUACAGUUUGCCUCUCAGCAGAUAUAGCAAUGACCCCUCCCAUAUUUGCAUAUGAACACCUCCACCAACAGUGCAGACAUCACCUAUCAUCAUUCUAAUCGUCUUCAGGGUAUAGAUUGAAAUUUUGGCUAAACCAAAUGGCUAUGCAUUUGUGUUUUCACGGUUGCUUUAAUUUUCAUCUGCCCGGUUACUGGUGAAGUUGAGCAUCUCCAUAUAUUUGCAAGCUGUCUUGUUCUCUACGUCUACAAUUUCAUUUUUCUUCUGAAAUAUUUAAGUUCUUUUAUUGUUUCAUGUUUUGAAAAUUUGUCUCAAUCUGUUAUUAAUAAGUUUUCCUAUAACUUCUUAUCAUGAACAAUUGAUGUUUUAUAUAUAAUGUAGUGAAAAUUAUUUUUCCCCAUCUUUGAUUUGUACUUUUGGUAUUUUAUUGAAGAAUUUUCUCUGUAAAAUAUGAUGCUUUAAAUAUAUAUUCUUGUUCAGUUAAAAAAAAGAGAAUUUUCUGUGUUUACAUGUAAAUUUUUUCUACUCCAUUAGUGCAAUUUUCAAAUUUUACAUUUAAAAAGACUUCCAAUUUAUUUUGGCUUGUAGAGAGAUGGAUAAUAUAAACUUCUCUCUGCUAGCUUCCCACUCAGCCUUAGCCAAAAGGCAGAGAAGUCAUUGUCUUAUAUCCUUAUAAGCAAUCUUUAUAGCCCCCAAGACAAAUCCUACCACCAUCAUCUUCCAGAUGUGCUGUUUUUGCUUUGAACUGACUUAGGUUUGUGGUGGGCAAACUUGGCCUACAAGUAUAGUUACCUGUUUAAAGUGCUGUAAACAGAAAAACCCAGAGGAAUACUGUAACCAGAGUUCCCUAUGGCUUUGCAAAACCUAAAAUAGCCAAACUGUGCUUUGGAUUAAGGUAUUCUUGGCCCUUUUCCCUCCUGUGUGACCUUUAAAAUGAAUUUACCGGACUCCCCGAGAAAUCCAAUAGAGGUUUUUAUUGGAAUUUCAUAGACUUUGAAGAUUAUUUUGGUUAAGAACUGCCUGGGAGAGUUAGGUUUCAGUCUCUAUCCUUUUGCUUUUUCUCAUGUUUUUCAGUAAGAUUCUAUAAUUUUCUCCAUAGAGGUCUUUCACGGUUCUUUUUUUUUUUUUUUUUUUUUUUUGUCUUUAUUCUUAGGUACUGGUGAACAUUUGUUAACUAUUGCAAUUAAAAGUUUUUUUUUAAAGAUCUUUUUAUGUGUAAUGGAUGUCUUGCCUGCAUGUAUGUAUGUGUACCAUGUGUGUUCUUGGUGCCCAUGGAGAUCAGAAAAGGGUGCUGAAUCCCCAGGAUCUGAGAUGACAGACAGUUGUGAGCCACCGUGUAGGUGCCAGGAAUUGAACCCAGGUUCCUGCAAGAACAGCAAGCGCUUUCAACUGCUAAACCAUCUCCUCAGCCCUUAUUGCAAUUAAUUAUUUUUGUCUAAUUUAAGGAUUUAAAUGUGCUUCUAUAUUGGUUGCUUCUACAUCGGAUUCUUACUUUGCUGUCCCUCAGAGACAUAUUUUGAGAAAUGUCCUAUGAGGUGAUCUUGUCUUUGUAUGUAUGAACAUCAUAAAGUAUAAGCACAUAAACUAAGCUGUCAGUAGGUGGUGUGAUUUUAUGGGACCACUGUGGCACACGUGGUCUGUGAUUGAAUGAACAUUAUAUGAUACAUGAAUGAUGUUGAAUUUAUAUCGGCAACCUUCUUAACUAGGUUGCUUAAGGAAAUUUUGUGUAGAUAAUGGUACUUUGGGUGUAAGUAAUGGUAAUAUACUUUCCUUCUUUGUAAACCUUAUCCCACUUUUAUUUAUGAUGGUUAGCAUUAAUUGUCAGUUCAAUGCCUAGGAGGCAAGUCUCUGGGCACACGUGUGAGAGAUUGGGUUAGCCUCUAAAAAUAUGAAAGGUUGUUUGAUUAUAACCAAUACAGAACAUCCCGUCUUAACUGUGGGUGGUGGCAUCCCCUAGGCAGGGAUCCUGGGCAGUAUAAAAGGGGAGGAACUGGGCGGGGCAUUAUCAUGCAUACAUUCCCUGCUGUCUGUUCUUGACUGUGGAUGUAAUGGGUUUAACGGAUGUAAUGCAAGCAGUUCUCUCAGAUUCUCCCCACUGUGACUUACCUGGACUUUGUAACCUGAACUGUGAACCAAAUAAACCCUUGUACUCAUUUCAUA